GCUGACAACCAUAGAUUCAGCACUUCCUUUCCUUUUCCUCUCCCAAAAUUGACCCACUAGGGUUUCAGUUACCCUCUCAUUUUGAACUUUUCCCUUCUCAUCGUUCGAAACGAUGCUAGCUUUUUCACUGAUAACAACCUCAAGGUGCUCUCGAAUGUCCCCGUUGUUGUUUCUUUUCAAGGGAUCAUCCCUCUGCCGCCAUCGUUUCUCGAGCUGGAGCUCCACUAGAACCAUGAGAAAAUGUCUAAAGGAAUCGAACACCGUGAGCGCCACGUGGAUGUUCAACGACAACGACGGCAAGGAGUCGGAGUCGGAGUCGAUGGAGCGGAGAGAGGCGGAGCGAGAGGGGAUACCAUGGGAAACAGGGUUAGUUGGGGGAGGGGUAUAAAGGUCAAAGCACCAACUCUGCUGUCAGAAAUGUACAGUCAGCACAUUUGGUGCGUAUAAAGAUACCAUCCUUCUGAGUUCUGAGUAAUGCGCAAGCAAUCAGCUGAAGCCUCCCCUUUUUGAGUUGGCUCUCUCCGCGCCAAGGUGAACUCUUUCUUGGUUUUACUCCCAUAAAAAAAAAAGAGAAAACUUAGUGGGGGGGAAAAGAAUAAGAAAUUUACACCAUAUACAAUGCUCGUUGGCUUCAAUUUCUCCCAUUAAGCGUUUAGUUUGUGAGGUUUUGUGUUUUUCUCUCUAUUGGGCUUAAGAGCUCAAAGCCAAAGUCUACUCCAAUAGAGAAACCGCUUCUGGGUCCUGUAGAUUCUACUGUUCUAUCAUCUGCAAGUGGUUUUGGUGAUCAUUGAAAGAAUCUUUCGUUCUUGGGUAAUUUCAGUUGGAUUUUCUUGAUUUUGUCACUCAAUUUCUUUUUUAGCUUUUUUGGGUAAUUCUUGCUUUGGGUUCUUGUGAUGUAUAUAAUUAAGUAACAGAAUUGAAAGAUGAAAUGUAUGUAUGUUAUCUUGAACAUGACACUGUGAAUCUUUUAUCAGCUUGUGAAUCCAUUGCUACAUAGAUUCUGAUCUUUGAGGCGUGUUUCUUGGAUUUCUUUUCCUCAUUUGAACAACGAACAUGUAUGUAAAGAGAUCGCUGUGUUAGAAAAUUAUGGUGUCAGUCAUCCUCUUAAUAAAUUUUCUGAUGAUAUCUUGUAAUAUAUGCUUAUCUCUGCAGUUGGCUUGUGCUGUUAAAUUUCUAUGCUCAUGAUCUUGUAGAAGGGUUGUUCUUUUCUUGUGAACAAACUAGUUACUUUGCCUUUCAUCUUACAAUCUUAGAUAAAAUAUAGGUGUCGGCUAGGAAUUCAAGUUUGUGACUCCUUUCUAUUAGUAUAACAAUUACCUAGAAUCACAUAUCAUCCAAGUCCUUUCCCGUGCAAUGGGUUUGGUCAUUGACCUAAUUCAGUCCUCUAUGGAUUGCAGGCGGUUCUUGAUUCUUAACAGUAUCGUGGUUAAUUCCAUCCCGUUUUAAUAACUUGUAUAUUUUCAUGAUUUGCUAUCAUUUUUUAUAUGUCUCCUUUUUUUAUGACAUUUGACACACGACUGAGACUCAAGAAAAGGAGACAAUAGUGUAGAAUGGUUGGCAAGAAGAACCUAUUACUGCAAUAUACAUGUGAUUUCCAAUGAAUGGCAAUUUUUCUGAUAAGCGCUAUCUAGGUUAUGGCGAACAACUGUUAGUGAUUGUAGCUAGGCAGAUGGUGAUGUUGUUCUUUCUUUAUGAAUCCUCAUUGCAAUUAGUUUCAAGUUAGUCUGAUCACACUUCCAUAUUUUCCAAUAAGAAAAUAUUGAUGUUGAAUUCACCACUAACCUUAUUAGGUUUAAUAUGUGAAUCCAGUCAGUAAUUCCCUGAAUUAUAUUUUGCAGGUAUAUCCUUUCUUAUAGUCUUAUCGGUACACAUGAAGUGACUUCUUUUGAUCUGAAAAGAGGUUCAAUGGAGACUUCUCUGUCAUCACAAGGAAAAGAAGGCAUGGUUGGUCCUACAGGAUCCAUUAGAAGGGAAGAAUUUGUUAGGAUCAUUACAGAAGCUUUAUAUUCUCUUGGUUAUGAGAAAACGGCUGCAAGUUUGGAACAAGAAUCGGAAAUACCCUUGUAUUCAUCUCCAGUGACCAUUUUCAGGAAGCAUCUGUUUGAUGGGAAUUGGGAUGACAGUUUGACUACACUGCGUCAAUCCGAUAUGGUGGAUGAGAAUAUCCUGAAGUCUACAUCUUUUCUUAUAUACGAGCACAAAUUCUUUGAACUUCUGGAAAAGGAUAGGGUCUUGGAUGCUUUGAAAACAUUGAGAAAUGAGAUUACUCCCCUUGGUACUAACAAGAAGCGGGUGCAUGAGCUUUCUAGAUGUAUUAUUUCAUCUACAGAGGGGUUAUCAAAGAAAAAUUCACAGCUAAAGCUUGUAGAAGAAAUGGCAAAAUUGCUUCCACCUGCAUUUAUGAUACCUGAGAGGAGAUUGGAGCAUUUAGUUGAACAGGCUCUUCAUGUGCAAGAGAAAGCUUGUACCUUUUUUCGCAACUCCAUGGAUGCACUAUCACUGUAUACUGAUUGUGUAAAUGGCCAAUUACCUUCACGGACGAUACAGGCACAUGAUGAUGUAGUGUUGUUUUUGAAGUUCUCUAAUAACGGGAGAUAUUUGGCGUCAUCGUCGUCUGAUAAAUCUGCUAUUGUGUGGGAGGUUCAUGAAGAUGGGGAAUUGACAGAGAAGCACAGACUGACUGGUCAUACGCAGCCUGUUGUGAUUGUUGCUUGGAAAUCUGAUGAUCAACAGCUUCUCACUUGUGGUCGAGCAGAGGCCAUCAGGCGCUGGGAUGUUACCUCUGGAGAAUGCUUGUCGAUCUAUAGAAAAACUGGUUUUGGCGAAACAACUUGUUGUUGGCGUAAUUCAGGAGAAAUUCUCUCUUUGACAACAGACCGGAGCCUUACCUUAUGGAGAACUGAUGGGACAAUGGACUCUCAGACGGAAACGCUAAACAUGAAUUCGCAAUUGGAUGUUACUAGAGAUGGCAAAAUAACCCUUGUAAGCUGUGGGAAAUAUGUACGUUUAAGUCAGAGACAUUCGAAAGUGCUCCAUUUUCUACAAGCGAGAAAUACAGUUGUUUCAUUCUCAUUAUCGGAUGAUGGAAAAUUCUUGCUGAUAAACAUUCCAAAGGAGAUUAGUUUGUGGAGUAUUGUAAGUAACGAACUUGUAAAGAGUUACAGAGGGCCGGAGAACACCCGUUUCUCUGGGUCAAGAUCAUGUUUUGGGGGUUCUGAGCUGGAAUUUGUUGCCGGUGUAAGUGAUGAUUAUCAGGUAUAUAUAUGGCUCCGAGAGACAGGGGAUCUUAUACAAACAUUACCUGAACCUGGGAGAUGUAUCAGCUGGAACUCUAAAAAUCCACACAUGCUCGCUUCAGCCUAUGACCGAAAAAUCACAAUAUGGGAACUGAUUCCUGUAAAUUGACAAUGUAAAAGAAAACCAUAGGAUAUUCAUUGAUUUUUUUUUUUUACUUCUAUUUUUGUCAUUUUGUUGAAGUUUGUAGAAGAUGAAGAUUGCACAAAUAUGUGAUCACAAUCUCUGCCAAAUAUGUAGGAAGAAAUUUGUUACAGAAACUGUUUUUUUGAUGUAGAGACAGGGAGGAAUAAUCACCCGUUUUAUAGUAGGUGCAAACUUGUGCUGUUUCCUUGUAGAGAUCCUGUGUCACAUAGAGCAAAAUGGAAGAUGUGCAAAGUAUAUAAUGUUUUUC